UGUAAAGUGCUCGGUUGACAUGCGAAGAGGUUAUAUUUCUUCGUAUUAACUCGUACUCGCAUUGCCUACAAACGCGUUGCGAAAAGAUAUUUAAUGAUAAUUUCGACGCGAAAAACACGUAGAGAUAUAAAGGCGACGGUGUAUGAAACUGAAGUUCAUACCUAGAAACCAUUAUUGAAAUUUUGCAAUCUAUGACAGUGGAUUGUCAAAAAAUUUAAAGCGAGGCAAUGGGUACGACACCAAGUCGAUACGAUGAUCUAUCAAAAAAUGUUUAUCUGGAAAGGUUUUGUGGGAAAAAGAGUAUUCUUCCAAAUGAUCCAUUUUGGAAUACAUUUUUAUCUUACAAUAUGAGACCACCUGUUACAAGGAGUGACCAGAUAGAACUAGACUCUCGACUGGAUUCCUCGUGCCAACAGUUGUUGGCUAAUAAUUUAGCCACUGGCAACUUUGGUAGUCUGAUACAAGUUGCUCUUAUACGUGCCAGUAAUUUACUUGCAUCAAUGCAGAAUCAAAAAAUCAUAUCGGCCUGGCAGACUUACAAUGCAUUAUUUACAGUAAGAUGUAUAUUGAAAUAUUUAAUUGAAACAGUGGGUGAAGAAGAAAUGAUAAAACAUAUAGAAGCACCACAGUUGCCAGUGCCAACGCAAUCUAAUUCAUCUUAUAGAUUAAAAGAUCUUUUUGAAGCAUUAGUUGAUAUCAUAACAGAUGUGCCAUUGUGUGAGUUCACAUAUGUGGUUCAUCUAGAAGCUAUAAAUUGCUUACUCGUAUUACUUUCUGUACAACUUUUUUCACAAACUGCAGCUGAAUACAGUUGUAUCUAUAGAAUAGCAAUGCAUUCGCAUUCUAGCGAACAUGCACCAGCAAUGGUGUGUACAUUGCUGCAUAAUUUUGUGCAACAAGAACAUGCUCCUCCUGGUUUACUUACCCAGCAACCAGGAGGAAGUAUUGUUUUUAGUCUAGCAGCUGGAUUGUGGAAUGUAAUUACAAUGGGUAUCGGUAGUAGUUUAAAACAUGUACAAGUUACAAGUAAUGGUACUUCUGAAGAAGAAGAACGAAAACGUGAUACAGAAACACCUCUUGCUAGUCAAUCAUUAUUACUCCUAUUGGUAUUAACAAAUCAUUGUACUGCAACUCAAAAUCCUUAUAGGAAUGCACUUUUUACAUUUGUUGAUAUGCAAGAAGACUAUACCACAAUGCAAGCAAAAGGCGCAUUUAGGUUUAAUUUAAAUAAAUUGUACAAUACCAUAUGUAAAAUACCAAAUACAGAUGAAGUUACAUUAUUAUUAUACAUGUUGCUCCAUAGGAAUUCAAGUGUAAAACAAAAUAUCAUGAGAAGAGCAGAUAUACAACUAUUGGUAAUACCAAUACUUCAAAUAUUGUAUCAUGCUCCAAACAAUACAUCACAUCAUAUUUAUAUGUCUCUUAUUAUUCUUUUAAUUUUAAGUGAAGAUGAAACAUUUAACAAGAGAAUACAUGAAAUAAUGCUUAAGGGUGUGAGUUGGUAUACAGAAAGAUCGAUAAGUGAAAUAUCAUUAGGAGGUCUUUUAAUUCUUGUUGUUAUAAGAACCAUACAAUAUAAUAUGUUCAAAAUGAGGGAUAAAUAUCUCCAUACAAAUUGUUUAGCAGCUUUGGCAAAUAUGUCAGCACAGUUUACAUCUUUACAUCCAUAUGUUAGUCAAAGAUUAUUGAGUUUGUUUGAAACUCUUGCAAAAAAGCAUGCUAGAUUAGAAACAAAAAUACGCACGCAACCUUCUGUUUCUUCUGACAGUACUACUAUUACAGUCAAUGGAACAACGGCAAACACAGAUUUAAUCCAAGACUUAACAAUACUGGAAGAAGUUUUACGAAUGGUACUAGAGAUCAUAAAUAGUUGUUUAACUCAUAGACUCGCACAUAAUCCAAACUUAAUAUAUACUCUUUUAUAUAAAAAAGAUAUUUUUCAACCAUUUAGGAUGCAUUCAGCAUUUCAAGACAUUGUGCAGAACAUAGAUUCUGUCAUAAAUUUUUUCUCUUAUAAAUUGGAACAAAAAGAUCAAUCACAACUUGGUGUGAGCCAAGUAUUAAGUACAAUUCAGCAAGGUACUAGUGAAUGGCCACGUGACCGCUUAAGGAAAUUUCCAGAAUUAAAAUUUAAAUAUGUGGAAGAGGAACAACCAGAAGAAUUCUUUAUUCCUUAUGUAUGGAGUGUCGUGUGUCAAAGUGCUCUCUUACAUUGGAAUGCUCAUACUGGUGAACAAACAACGAUUAUCGUUUGCUGAUACUGAGACAAAAGCUGCUAUUUGCAGUAAACAUAUGCAAUAGAAGACAAGUAAGAAGUAUUGAAAGUGGUAUUUCU